AUGUCUUGGGACAGACUACCUGCGGAGGCUACGCUUCACCCGAAACCAUUUCGAGCGAACGUAUCUGAUCAAGAGCUUGAAGACUUCAAAGACCUUCUGAGAUUGUCCAAGCUAGGACCCAAGACAUACGAGAACCUACAGUCCGAUGGACACUUCGGUAUAUCUCGAAACUGGCUUGCCUCUGCAAAGGACCAUUGGCUGCACAAGUAUGAUUGGCGGAAAACCGAGGCGCGGAUCAAUGCCCUGCCAAACUUCACGGUGCCCAUUGAACACAAAGACGCGACUCUCGACAUCCAUUUCGUUGCUCUCUACUCCGGGAAGAGGGAUGCACCACCUCUGCUGCUCCUCCAUGGCUGGCCAGGCAGCUUCCUGGAAUUCGUUGGCACGUUGGAACUGCUCAAAAGAAAGUACACUCCAGAGAACCUGCCGUUCAGCGUGAUCGUUCCUUCACUGCCUGGCUAUGGCUAUUCCGCUGGGCCUCCACUGCAUGCAGACUUUGGGUGCGAGGAUGCGGCGCGUAUGAUGGACAAGCUCAUGGUCGGGCUAGGCUUCGACAGCUUCAUUGCACAAGGUGGCGAUAUCGGCUCUGUCCUAGCGAGAAUACUGGUGACCACUUCUGAUCACUGCAAGACAGCGCAUCUCAACAUGAGCAUUGUACAGCCUCCUCACGAGGGAGCGAUUGAGGCUUUGAAUGAGAAGGAGCGGACUGCGUACAAACGGGCGCAAGACUUCGCCACAACAGGCAACGCAUACGCACGUAUGCAUGGUACGAGACCAGCGACUAUUGGUUUGGCACUCUCAUCCAGCCUCUGGCUCUCCUCGCAUGGUAGGAUCGGCGAAAAGUUCCAGCAGUGGUCCGACACGGAUCCAUCACUUGACGAGAUGCUCGAUUCCGUCACGCUCUAUUGGUUCACCGAGUGCUUUGCACGCUGCAUUCACCCCUACCGCCAGUUCUUGAACCAGUCUUUCCAUACCAAUCCCAAGUAUUACAUCAAGAAGCCGUUCGGAUAUUCAUGGUAUCCCAAAGAGCUUUCCCCAACGCCGAAAGAUUGGGUGGCUACAACUGGCAACAUGACCUGGUUCCGAGCACACGAUGAGGGCGGGCACUUCGCGGCUUGGGAGAAGCCAGAGAUUUUCGUUCGGGAUAUGGAGGACUUCACGGGUGAGCUCUGGGAUGCGGUGAAGUCGCGGUGA